CAGAAGAGGAUCAGGAGAGGUCCUUUGCCAAAAUCCCAUGACAUAAACCAGGUUGAACUGUUGGACUCUCCUAACCCUUCACCCCAAAAUACUACACACAAUUGGCCUCAGCCUCAUCCCCAGCCCCAGCCUCAGAAUUGCUUGGUUAGACAGUUUUUUAGUGCUGUUCAUCAAAGUGAUCAAGCAACUGCAAAUGUGAUCCACAGUAAUAGCUUUAGCAUGGGUAGAGAGAAAAAACCGAAACCGGCAUUGCAGCAAGGGCAAUCUGAAGCCGGUGUGGUUCUUCCUAAUAAUUUAAUCAUGGGGUUGAACCAAUUCUCACAAAAGCCUACUAGCACUUCUUUGAUCAGUAUGGAUGGAAGUAGCCUUAACACGCGGAUGAUACACUAUUCGUCGUCUGAACUCUUGGCUUCUAGAGAUUGUACCUCUAUGUUUUCUUCCAAAAGGAAGUGUCAGGUGAAAAGUGAAGAAGCCACUCCAAGAUGCCUAGUCUCUGCUGGUGGAUGCCAUUGCUCCAAGCGAAGGAAACUUAGAAUAAAGAGAAGAAUCCGAGUUCCGGCUUUAAGCAAUAAGCUAGCUGAUAUACCUCCUGAUGACUAUACCUGGAGGAAGUAUGGGCAGAAACCUAUUAAAGGGUCUCCAUAUCCUAGGAGUUAUUACAAAUGCAGCAGUGUGAGGGGAUGCCCUGCAAGAAAGCAUGUCGAGCGAUGCUUUGAAGAUCCUACCAUGUUGGUUGUUACAUAUGAAGGCGACCAUCAACACCCCAAGAUUACAUUUCAAGCACCUACAGUUGCGAUUUAAGUUAACCCGUAUAAUAAAUCCAAUGGAUGCCAACAUUUCAGAGCUUGAACUGGUUUUGCAGUGUAAGCUUCUCUUCUGUCCUGAAAACUGUUAAAAUUGUAUACUUGUAAGUGUAAACUAGUCCUCUGUUUUUCCCCCUUUUUUUUCUGUCUCUUAAUUUCCUAGUUUGUCCUGCUUCUGGUAUGUAAUUGAGUCUUCAAUAAUGCUUUUCUCAGAUCAUUGUAUACGUUCUCUUUAAUGAUAUAAGCAUCAUAAAAGGGGUUCAUAUCUGAACUGUGUCAGGUGCCA